UCAAUUGUCCAGAAAAAUUAAAAAAUAAAAAAAGAAUCUUGCAAUAAAUAAAUUCUCUUACCGUCGAAGACAAAUAGAAAGGCAGAAAUAGAAUCGAAUCGAAUCGACUUCCCUGUUACGAGAUCCAAUUAAUUUUACUCUCUCACUCACUGAAAUUCGAUCCGACAGUAAAUUUUCCGGCAUGGGUCUCGCCGGCGCAGUUUUAGUGGCGCUGAUGUCGUGUCUGGUUCCGCCGGCGGCGUGCCAGCCGGCGACGCCGGACGGGUUUUGGUACGGCGCGGCGGCGGUGAAGGAUACGGCGGUGAUCGAGGCGUUCUUUGACCCGGUCUGCCCGGACAGCCGCGACUCGUGGCCGCCGUUGAAGAAGGCGGUCCGGGAGUACGGCUCCCGGGUGUCGCUCGUCGUCCACACCUUUCCCUUGCCGUACCACGACAAUGCUUUUCUAACCUCUCGAGCGUUGCAUGUUGUUGAUAAGUUGAACACUACUUCGACUUACCCUUUACUCGAGUCUUUUUUUAAGAACCAGGAGCAAUUUUACAGUAAGGCGACAUACAAUUUGUCACGCGCUGAAGUCGUGGAGAAAGUAGAGAAAUUUGUCGCAAAAGAAGUUGGAGGCAAAUACGGGCCGGCAAUAAAAACUGGCCUCAAUGACACCAAAACGGAUCAAGCGACAAGAUUCGCUUUUAAGACCGGUUGCUUGCGCGGUGUUUAUGGCACGCCUUUCUUCUUUGUGAACGGGUUUCCGUUGCCGGAUGCCGGCUCGGCUAUCGACUACAAAGGAUGGAAGAAAGUGUUGGAACCUCUCAUUAAACAGGAAAAGAGCUUUCAGACAUCUCCAGUGUAAUAAUCAAUGGAAAAAGGAAAAUGUUACAAGUUUGAUAAAUAAAACGAGUUGAAUUGAGCA